AUGACCGACACCCUGCGGUACACGCCCGUUGAGGAUAUCCCCAAGAUACGACAUGAGCUUGGCCUCGCCUUCAACUCUGGAAGGACGAGGUCUAUCGCAUAUCGCAAGCAGCAGCUCUCGCGGCUCUUUUACCUGGUCGAAGACAACCAAGAGCGCAUUCGACAAGCAAUCUUCUCGGACCUUGGCAGACCGCGACAUGAGGUGGACUUCCUCGAGAUAAGCGGGACUUUGCUCGAGAUUAGAGAUGCCUAUGACAACGUCGAGAAAUGGGCGGCACCGCAGAAGUCGCCGUUCUCUCUCUUAUGGUUCACGCUGUCUCCGGCGACGAGAAAGGAGCCGAAGGGCGUGGUUCUCAUCAUCAGUCCAUUCAACUAUCCUUACUUUCUCACCUUGACUCCGCUGGCCGCGGCGAUUGCGGCUGGCAACGCGGCGAUGCUGAAACCUUCGGAACUUUGUCCCGCGUCGGCAUCGUUGCUCGCUGAACUCAUUCCCAAGUACCUGGACCCCGAGUUGGUUCGGGUCGUCAACGGUGGUGUUCCUGAAACCACCAAGAUCUUGGAACUGCGGUUCAACCACAUCCUCUACACAGGCAACAAUCGUGUCGCCCAGAUCAUCUGCACGGCCGCAGCCAAGCACCUCACUCCUGUGACCUUGGAGCUUGGGGGGAAGAGUCCUUGCGUGGUCGACCCCAAGUGUAAUGUCAAGAUAGCUACGAAGCGCAUUUGGUGGGGCAGGCUCGUGAACUGCGGUCAGGUCUGCUUGUGUCCAGACUACAUCCUCGUUCCGGAGUCAUUCCAAGACGAAUUCGUGGAAGCUCUCAAGGAUGCGUACAACGAGCUCCAUCCCACAGACCCUAAGACGUCGGGGAUGCUGGGUCGCAUCGUGAACGAACGCCACGUCGAACGUCUACAGAACUUGCUCGACAAUACCAAGGGCACCAUAGUGUUCGGCGGGGAGAUCGACAAGGAAGCGCGAUACGUCGCACCGACUCUCAUCAGGGACGUCAAGGCUGACGAUUCUCUCAUGAGCGAGGAGAUCUUUGGUCCGUUACUGCCUGUGGUCCCGGUCAAGGACCUUGACGAGGCUAUUACCUUCAUCAACAGCGUGGACGAAGCUCUCAGUGUUUAUAUCUUCACAAGCGACAGCAAAUUCAAGAACAAAGUCAUCGACAAUACCCGCAGCGGUACAGCUGCUGCGAACGACACGAUUCUGCACGUCAUGGGUCCGUCCUACAUGCAUGCGAAGUGGAUCCAAAGCUCACUCUGCUCGUAG